CAAAAUACGAACAUGAGAGAAUGUAUCUCACCAAGAGAUCGGUUAUCACUCACUCUACGAUUUUUAGCCACCGGUGAAGCUUAUAGAAGUUUAGAAUAUUCUAUGAGAAUACCAACGUGUACGAUUUCUCGUAUCAUUCCUGAAACAAGCCGUGUAAUUUAUGAAGUUCUUCGAAAGGAUUAUUUAAAGACACCAAGUACAAUUGAAGAGUGGACAGAAAUUGCAAAUAAUUAUUUUCAACUUUGGAAUGUUCCAAAUUGUAUUGGCUCUAUGGAUGGGCGACAUAUAGAAUUCAAAGUUCCACUUACAGACGGAUCAUUGUAUUAUAACUAUAAGGGUACCAACAGCAUUGUUUUAUUAGCAAUAGUUAACGCUCUUUAUCAAUUCAUAUAUGUCAAUGUUGGCGUUAAUGGCAGAGUAAGUGAUGGAGGAGUUUAUCGUGACAGUGAUUUCGCAAAACUAUUAAAUGAUCCACAAAAUGUACUUAAUAUACCAGAUGAUGCGCCUUUGCCUGGCAUGGGUGAAUGUAUGCCAUAUAUUUUAUUAGCUGAUAAUGCUUUUCCUCUACAAAAACAUAUAUUAAAGCCAUACUCAUCACGAAAUUUGACACAUGAUGAGCAAAUAUUUAAUUAUAGACUGAGUAGAGGAAGGCGAGUUGUUGAAAACAGUUUUGGAAUAUUAGCAAAUAGGUUUCGUGUUCUUUUGUCAACUAUGUAUUUACCAGUUAAUACAGUUCAAAUUGUUACUCUCGCAUGUUGUGCAUUGUAUAAUUAUAUCAGUAGCGAAAAUGAUGCAUAUUUAUAUGGAGCAACAGACACUGAAAAUGUACAAAAUUAUGUAAUAACAUCUGGUGGAUGGAGAAAUGAUAAUGCACAACUGCGCAAUUUGAACAUUAUCAAUAUAAGACCUAAUAGAAAUGCCAUUCAUAUUCGUGAUGAAUUUAAACGAUAUUUUAAUACUGUUGGAGCAGUUGAAUGGCAAGAGCAUAUGAUUUAGUUCGUUUAAGAAUUUAUAUAUACACACAUGCGCGCGUGUAUUUACGUAAAGUGUAUAUGUAUUAAUUAUUUAGAUAUAAAUGUAAGAUAAUUUUGUAUACAUUGUAAAUAAAUUCUG